AUGCCACCAAAGGACCCUCAACAGAAAGCGCAGGAAUUGGCCAAGCUGUGGCUCACAAAAGGAGGCAUUCAUCAUGAGGAUUCUGAUGACGAGCUUGGAUGUGAAGAUCUUCCCUGGGAAUGGAUUUAUGACUGCAGUUUCCCGGUUAGUGGCUUGGAGCAGCAUCAGGAGGAUGCGACGAGAAAGAAGAAAGGCAAACAGUCAAACUCAGCACCUGCCCAGGCUCCGAGAAAGAUCAUAGGAGCGCGAAUGGGCUCUUUCGAAUGCAGAUUGGGUCAAACCGUUCUUCUCAAAUCCCCCGAAGCGGGCAAGGAUUGGGCCGGAAUUAUCUGUGAGUUCCUUGAGGAAGAAGCAGAGGAAAAUGGACGCUCCAUCGACCAGACAUGUCCACUGAAAGCUGCAAAUAUCAUGUGGUUUGCAUCGCCAGAUGAGUUUCUAUCUACGAGAAAGAAGAAGAGAUCCGAUGCUCUUCCAAAUGAGCAGUAUAUUACCGUUGAUUUUAACGUAAACCCCUUAACUUCGAUCAAUGGGAAAGCGAAGGUGCUUUCUAAGGAUGCGUUUUAUGCCAAAUAUCCAGACGGUAAACCCCCAAAGGGCCGGUCUGCUUUGGCCGAAUAUAACAAGUGUAUCAUUUGUCGGAGAGGCGUCAAUCAGCUUCAAGGAAGAUAUACGGAAGAGUUUAUCUGGGAGGACAUUUAUAGAGAGAGCGAGGACGGCAUUUUUGAGCUCAUCGAGAUUAUCAAGGCUGGUUUAAAGCGGUCACGAAAGCGAAAAGCGGACGACCAUGAAGCAAAGGCUGCCACUCCAACAACACCAAGAAAGAAGCAGAAAACCACAUCCGUAGCAGGGACUCCCCACUCAGAACGCAAAAAGGUUCUCAUGACCCCUACCCAAAAAAGGAUCUUAGUGAAAAAGCCCCUUGAAUUCACGCCCCUUGGAACACGUAUUCUCUCGCCAUCAUAUUUCUCCACCCCUUACAGGCAAGCCCGAAAUCUUCUCCAUGUUUCCACGGUUCCUAAUUCCCUUCCCUGUCGAGAUGCAGAGUUCUGCACUGUAUAUGAUAGCCUUCGUGUUGCUAUUACCGAAGGUACUGGAACUUGUAUCUAUAUCUCUGGGCCUCCUGGAACCGGGAAAACUGCGACAGUUCGGGACGUCAUCGCACAUCUAAAUGCAGCAGUGAUGUCCGAAGAGAUGGAUGAUUUCAUUUUUGUUGAAAUAAACGGGAUGAAGGUCACAGAUCCGCACCAGUCUUACUCCCUACUAUGGGAGGCUCUCAAAGGGGAUCGUGUAUCACCCUCUCAUGCCCUUGGCCUUCUUGAACGGGAGUUUUCCCGGCCAUCCCCGCGUCGGGUACCCUGUGUUGUCCUGAUGGAUGAGCUGGAUCAGCUUGUUACAAAAAAUCAGUCUGUCAUGUACAAUUUCUUUAACUGGCCGGCUCUACGACAUUCCCACCUCGUGGUUCUAGCCGUAGCGAAUACCAUGGACCUCCCAGAAAGAACUCUCAGCAACAAAAUAUCGAGUCGUCUUGGCUUGACUCGGAUUACAUUUUCGGGAUAUAAACAUCAGGAGUUAAUGGAGAUUAUAGGCUCACGUCUCGAAAACGUUCCGGGAAAUAUUGUGGAUUCUGAUGCGAUACAAUUCGCUAGCCGGAAGGUUGCAGCUGUUAGUGGAGAUGCACGUCGCGCACUCGACAUUUGUCGGCGUGCAGUAGAGAUUGCAGAACAAGCUAGCGAAGCUCUCCAAAUGAAGAACAACAGUCAUUCUUUAGAUGCAGAUGGAGAUCUGCCACCCACACCAAGCAAGACUAGCGGCUGUCGCGGCCGAAACAAUAUCAAGGAGCCUCUUUUAAAGCCACAAAACAAUGAGCCUAAAUCAGCUCAGCAGCCAGUCACUUUACCUCGCGUCACAAUUGCAACAAUCAAGCAAGCCAUCCAGGAAGCGACAUCCACUCCUCUCCAACAAUCUCUCCGCUGCCUCCCUCUCGCGGCCAAAGUCUUUCUUUCCGGCCUCCUCGCACGUGUCCGACGCACGGGAAUUACCGAAUCGGCUCUUGGUGAUAUCCUUGAUGAAACAAAACGCAUAUCUGAUGGUGCAAUAGCAGUGACCGGUGCGGCUAGUGCGGUAUUAAAAGAAUAUAUAUUAUCCCAGUCGCGCGUUCAUGCGAUGGGAUUUGCAGCGGUUGAGUUAAUGAAUACGGGGAUUUUAGCAUUGGAGGGGGAGUUAGGGAUUAAAAAUGGGUAUGGAAUGGGUUAUGCGUUGGGUAAAGGAAACCGAAGUGGAAAGGUGCGGUUGAGGAUCGCACCCGAGGACGUCAAGGCGGCAUUUAGGGAUGAUGCCGAAGCAAAGAUGUUAGGAAUCGGAUAUGAAUGUUAG